GGCCAUUUUGUGUUAACCUCGUUGGCCACACGUAGGCGAGCCGAAAGUUUUUACAAUAUUCAGCUCCCGCAGGCCCCAGAAACAUUAAUAAAGCCAACUGCCAGUGUCGGUGCGUAAACAUUCAAUUGAGCAAACAUGGCGCGUUAUACCCAACGUCCGGAAAAUGCUCUUAAAAGAGCUAAUGAGUUUAUUGAGGUGGGCAAGCCCUUGCGGGCUCUGGAUACCCUUCAAGAAGUGUUCCGCAACAAAAGGUGGAACUAUGCCUACUCGGAGACUAUCAUUGAGCCGCUCAUGUUCAAGUACCUGUUCUUGUGCGUGGAGCUCAAGAAGUCGCACAUUGCCAAGGAGGGUCUCUUCCAGUACCGCAAUAUGUUCCAGCUGGUCAACGUAAACUCGCUGGAGAAUGUCAUCCGCGGCUACCUGAAAAUGGCCGAGGAGCACACCGAGGCUGCCCAGGCGCAGUCCUCCGCGGCUGUGGCUGUGCUGGAGCUGGACGACUUGGACAACAUCGCCACUCCCGAGAGCAUCCUGAUGAGCGCAGUGUGCGGGGAAGAUGCCCAGGACCGGUCCGACCGGACCAUUCUCUUGCCCUGGGUGAAGUUCCUCUGGGAGUCGUAUUGCCAGUGCCUGGAGCUGCUGCGUGUGAACACCCAUUGCGAGGCUCUGUACCACGACAUAGCCCGCAUGGCCUUCCAGUUCUGCUUGAAAUACAAUCGCAAGAGCGAGUUCCGUCGCCUGUGCGACAAGCUGCGCAAGCAUCUUGAGGACAUCUGCAAGAGCAGCAACCAAACCACUGGCGUCUCGAUCAACAAAGUGGAGACGCAGCAACUCUGCCUGGACACCAGGCUGUAUCUGCUCGACUCCGCCAUCCAGAUGGAGCUGUGGCAGGAGGCCUACAAGGCCAUCGAGGACAUUCACGGCCUUAUGGCCCUCUCCAAGAAGACCCCCGUGCCUAAGACGAUGGCCAACUAUUACCAGAAGCUUGCGAUGGUCUUCAGCAAGGCAGGCAAUCAGCUCUUCCAUGCCGCCGCCCUGCUCAAGCUCUUCCAGCUGACGCGCGAGCUGAAGAAGAAUCUGACUAAGGACGACUUGCAGCGCAUGGCUGCACACGUUCUCCUGGCCACUCUUUCGAUCCCUCUGCCGUCGGCCCAUCCGGAAUUCGACAGGUUCAUUGAGGCGGACAAGAGCCCGCUCGAGAAGGCCCAAAAGCUGGCCGUCCUCCUUGGCCUGCCACAGCCGCCCACUCGUGUCUCUCUCAUCCGGGAGGUGGUGCGCUUAAAUGUGCCGCAACUCGUCUCCGAAGACUUCCGCAACUUGUACAACUGGUUGGAGGUGGACUUCAACCCUCUGAAUCUCUGCAAGAGGAUCCAGUCUAUUGUGGACAUCAUCGAGACAGGCCCCUCGGAGACCAAUCUGCUCAGCCCGUACAUUCAGUCGCUGAAGGACGUGACCAUCAUGCGCCUGAUCCGCCAGAUCUCGCAGGUGUACGAGAGCAUCGAGUUCAAGCGCCUGCUGGAGCUGGCCACCUUCUGCAACAUCUUCGAGCUGGAGAAGCUGCUGGUCGAGUCGGUGCGGCACAACGAUAUGCAGAUUCGCAUCGAUCAUCAGAAGAACAGCAUCUACUUUGGCACCGACCUCACCGAGAGUCAGCGCGAGUACCGACCUGACGGACCGGCCCUGCAGUCGAUGCCCUCCGAGCAGAUUCGCUCCCAGCUGGUGAACAUGUCCACCGUGCUGACCCGAGCCGUGUCUAUUGUCUAUCCGAAUCGCGAGCGGGACCAGCGGGCCAAGCUGCGCACCCAGAUGGUGCACCACUACCACGAGAUCAAGGAUCGCGAGCACCAGCGCAUUCUGCAGAGGCAGAAGAUCAUCGAGGACCGCAAGGAGUACAUCGAGAAGCAGAACAACGCACGCGAGGAGGAGGAGGCGCGCCGCCAGGAAGAUGAGUCCCGCAAGGCCAAGCUGGCCGAGCAGAAACGCCUAGAGCUGGAGCAGGAGGAGCGCGAGCGCAAGCGCCACCAGAACGAGAUUCAGGCAAUUAAAGAGAAGAGUCUCAAGGAGAAGGUCCAGCAAAUAUCGCAGACCGCCCACGGCAAGAAAAUGCUCUCCAAGCUGGACGAGGAGGGCAUCAAGAAGCUCGACGCCGAGCAGAUCGCGAAGCGCGAGAGCGAGGAGCUUCAGCGCGAGGCCAAAGAGCUGCAGUCGAAGCUCAAGUCGCAGGAGAAGAAGAUCGACUACUAUGAGCGCGCCAAGCGCCUGGAAGAGAUCCCGCUCUUCGAGAAGUAUUUGGCUGAGAAGCAGGUUAAGGACAAGGAGUUCUGGGAAGCCACCGAGAAGACACGCAUCGAGAAUGCCAUUGCUGAGCGCAAGGAUGCUGUCAGCCAGCAGGAGCGCCUCAAGCGCAUGUAUCCCGACCGUGAUGAGUUCCUUGAGGGUCUCAAGAAGGAGCGCGCCUCCCUUUACGUGGAGAAGCUCAAGAAGUUCGAGAUUGCCCUGGAAGCGGAGCGCAAGAAGCGCUUGGCCGACCGCGUCAUCCGUCGGCGGGAGGAGAGGCGUCAGGCCUUCCUUCGCGAAAAGGAAGAGGAACGUCUUCGCAAGGAAGAGGAGAUCCGCCUGGCGCAGGCCGCCGAAGAGCGUGCCGCUGCCGAGGCACGUCGUCUCGAGCGCGAGGCCGAGGAUGAGAAGCGCCGCGCACAGUACGAGAAACAGCGAGCCAAGGAGGAAGAGGCCGACCGUAAAAUUAAGGAAGAUCGCGACCGCUUGGCUCGUGAGGUGGCCGUCGAGCGCGAGCGCAGUGACAAAGAGCGUGACACCUGGCGUCCACGUGGCGGCGACAGGCCCAGCGCAGCGGCAGCUACAGGCGGAGGAGGAGCCGGAGAGUGGCGUCGUGCUGCGGCCCCAACAGGUGACCGCAACGAGCGUGGAGGAGAGCGCAAUGAGCGUGGAGGAGAGCGCGUUGAGCGUGGAGGAGAGCGCAUUGAGCGUGGAGGAGAACGCAUUGAGCGUGGAGGAGAACGCAUGGAGCGUGGAGACCGCAUGGAGCGUGGAGGAGACCGCAUGGAGCGCGGGGGCGAGCGUGGUGCAGAUCGCGAUCGUGAACGCAAGGACAACGAGGGUGCCGACUCCUCGUGGCGUGUGCGACGCGAGCCAGAUUCCCAGCGUGGUGCUGGCGUCAAGGAUGCCAGCAGCAGCAGUGCUGCCCCACCAUCUCGGGACGAUAAGUGGCGUCGAGGCGGAGACCGCGAUCGCGAACGCGAUCGUGACUUCCGCAACGAUGGACCACCACGCCGCGAAAGAGAUGACAGAGAUGAUCGCGACCGUGGAGGUUUCCGUCGCAACGAUGGACCACGCCGCAAUGAUGAUGCUGCACCGCGCGAGACCGGUGGAAAUUGGCGCGACGCUGCUCCCCGACAGAGUGAUCGUGAUAAUCGACGCCCUGCUGGCGACAGACGCGACCGCGAGGUGCGUGGCGAUUUGCGCGGCCCAGAAUCCCGCGGACCCAAGGAAGGCGGACCCAGCGCUGGUGUUGGUGGUGGUGGUGGUGGUGCUGCUGCUGCUGGUGGCGGAGGAGGUGGUGGUGGCAAUUGGCGCACUGCACCCGGCCCACGCGAUGAGCCUGCACCCAAACGCGAUCCGCCUCAGGACAAGGAAAACAAGGCCGUUGAUGAUGGCGAAUGGACUAGUGUGAAGCGUCGUUAAAUUAUCCUCGAGUUGAAUCGACUCACAUAUAUUUGUAGUUAUCCCCGCAUUUUCGUCUAUACAAAACAUACUAACACAAACAUGUUUUUCUGAUUUUAUACUACUUGUACGUUGUCAGAAGAAGCAGAAGGCGCUAUUCACCUAAAUAUAUAAAAGCUUGUGCCAGAUAAAACGCCAGGCAAUUUGUCUGCAUCAUUAAAGAAAAGUGAAAAUAAAAUAAACAUGUUCCAACCUAA